UUGAUAUCUAAAACAUCCCUCUUUUAUUACUCAAGUUUUUAAGCAAUUGAAAUUGUCAAACAAAAAAAAAACCAAGAAAUACAACAUGAAAGAAGAACAUCAACCUCAGCUCCAACAACACCACCAUCUCCACCACAACCAUCAAAGAAAAAUUGCCGUUUUUGCUCGCAAGAAGUUCACUAGGCCCACAGCCUAUGCCAUCUUCCUUCUCCUCUCCUACACCUUGGGUUAUCUGUCUGCACCCUCCUGCAAUCCACAACGUUUUUUAAUCCCAAGAACUCCCAAAGUCGCAGACACCACCACAACCACCACCAGGAACACCGAACUCGACCACUACAGUUUCACCACUUCUCAGUGUGGCGACCCAAUUCCGCCCAAAUUCGUCCGCCAAACAAUUCUGGAUCGCGUUUUCAACGGCACGUCUCCGUAUGACAACUUCCCCCCACCGUACGUUAGUCCUCUUCUCCGUCGUAAGAGAAUCAAAGGGUGGGGGUCAAAUGGCGCUGUUUUCGAGAACCUAAUCCGCAAAGUCAAACCCAGGACUAUAAUUGAGGUGGGUACGUUCUUGGGCGCGUCAGCACUUCACAUGGCCGGGUUGAUUCGCCAACUCGGACUUGAUGAAACUCAGAUUCUGUGUGUCGACGAUUUUCGGGGCUGGCCCAACUUUCGUGACCGGUUCAGGGACAUUAAGAUGUUAAACGGUGACGUAAUGCUUCUAUAUCAGUUCAUGCAGAACGUAGUUAAUCUAAACGCGACGGAGUCAGUUGUCUUCAUGCCGUUCUCAAGCGGGUCAACUCUUGAGAAACUGUGUGAGUGGGGUGUGUUUGGCGACCUGAUCGAAGUUGACGCGGGCCAUGACUUCCACUCGGCCUGGUCCGACAUAAACCGGGCAUAUAAGAUACUAAGAAGACCAGGUGGAGUUAUUUUCGGGCAUGACUAUUUUACUUCAGCUGACAACAAAGGUGUAAGAAGAGCUGUCAAUAUGUUUGCCCGAGUUCAUGGUCUCCGGGUCCAACUGGAUGGCCAACACUGGGUCCUCGACUCGGCUUAACACGGGUGGUACGUUCACUCAUUUUUAUUUUGCCUUGAAUAUUGGUGUACAAUCACGGAAUUUUAUACAGGAAAUUAAGAGAUUAGUAUGAUGAUGAUGAUGCAUAAGUCUUUUGUUUUUGGACAGUUAAUGGACAUUUAUAUGUUUCGGGAGACUUGAUGGAC